CGCUGUCGAGCCGUCGCUAGUUGCGCUUCAAGGCAUUGACAGAGCGAACAUUUCAGAACCAUUUUUACCUCAAGGUUUUUCCUUCUAAUUUGAGGUCUAGGAGUGGGUUUAACCAGGGAAUUAUAAAGAAAGAGCAUUUCUUCUUCGUUCGAGAUCGCUUGGAGAGACUUCAAGGUCAUCCAUGUGCCGUUUUGUGUAGUUCGUGUGUCAUACUGCCCAUCUGAAGACGACAAUGGUAAUAUGGCUAGUCUUCUAGUUUUAUUGCGAUGACUAUGUAUGAUCAACAAGUCGUUUUCCUGUAGUGGGGUUUGUAUUGUACCGUAGUAGUAAUGGCCGAUCAACUGGUGGACGGGCCACCGAAUAAACGGCAGAAGUUGACUACGCCGGAUACUCCGACCGAAAAUGCAGACAUUGGAAAAAUUCUCGACGACCUGGAACAAAGUUUACCAGAAGAACUCAUGGGUCCGGGCUCGAUUAACAGUUUGGAUGGACUUGCAAAUGGAGAAACAGCUGAUAUUGCUACGAGCUCUCCGAGUUUACAGCAUGUGUUGCAGUCUAAUUCGGAUGGUCUGACAAGUAGCGCAUGUACGACAUCGUUUAGUUCCAACAGCAUCACUUGCUCGGCUAGCAUUUCGAGUCCAAACAGUCCUUCACUGACAACCCUUACUCCCGCUAAAUCCCCGGCGAUGAACUAUGCCAUGUCUUCACCACCUUCAAUGCCGGUUAGCACAUCGGGAACUCCGACUCCAGCAACUCCUCUUACUUCCAGUGAACACUAUCUUUCUUCGGGAGCUGUUUCUGCUCCUCCAUCGUACUCCGUUACGUUGUCAACAAUGAGUUCCGCGAUGCAACAAGCAAAUAUGGCGAACAGCUUUUCCCAUGGACAGUAUAACAUGAUGGAUAUGAAUGCUUUAUCGAAUGAAAUGAUGGCUUCACUAAACGGUCCAAGCGUUGGAAACAAUAUGAAUUCUAUGAACUCAGUUCAACGUAAUGGCCCUGGGAGUUAUGGCCGCUCUAACUCCAACUCGAUGGGCAUGAACAUGAACGCGUCUAGUACUGCGGCGAACGCUUAUUCAUUGAAUCAAAUUCAGACAGAACCACUCUCGAUUAAAAUGGAACCAAACUUUAUGACAGCGCAAGGAUUAAAUGGCAGCCUUGAUUCUGCUAGGAGCUUACAAGGGAAUCAGUCUACUGGGCUUCCAAAUACUGGAAAUGUAGGAAAUAUGAAUUCUUCACAGCCACCCACAGCAGAUCCUGAGAAAAGAAGACUAAUUCAGCAGCAACUUGUACUUCUUCUACAUGCUCACAAAUGUCAACGGAGAGAACAACAAGCUGCUAAUGGAGAAAUGAAGGCAUGUAAUCUUCCGCACUGCCGAACUAUGAAAAAUGUGUUGAAUCACAUGACUACUUGUACAGCAGGGAAAACAUGCCAAGUGGCACAUUGUGCAUCUUCACGACAAAUAAUUUCUCAUUGGAAAAACUGCUUGCGCCAAGACUGUCCGGUGUGUUUACCCCUCAAGCAUGCGUCAGACAGGAGAAACCAAGCAGCAGCAAAUGAUGGAAUGCAGAAAGCAUACCAAGCUCUUGGACUGAAUUACACUACUGCAAGCAAAGUGGGACACUUCCCACCACUAGGUAUUGGAGACAAUAAAUCAUUUGGUGAAACGACUUCUGGAACAUCAAGCAUUGGGUCAGCAUCUGACAGAGGACCAAAGGAAUGGCACCAACAUGUGACACCUGAUUUGAGAAAUCACCUAGUUCAUAAACUGGUUACUGCAAUCUUUCCUACUCCUGUUAAUGACCCAACUGCAUUGAAAGAUCGUCGCAUGAGCAACUUACUAAAUUAUGCUCGGAAAGUUGAGGGAGACAUGUAUGAAACUGCUAACUCCAAGGAGGAGUAUUACCAUCUUUUAGCAGAAAAAAUCUAUAAGAUUCAAAAAGAACUUGAAGAAAAGAGACAAAAAAGAUUAAUCCUGCAAAUGAAGACACUACAGCCUGGUACUUCUCAAAUCCCUCAAGUACCAUUUCAUCAGAUGAAUGGCGACCAAACAAAUAGUCAACUAACAUCUGCCCAGGCAACGGCGUUGAAAGCUGCACAAAUGCAUCGCCAGCCACACUUUACAGAUCUUCUUAACCAAGCUUCAACACCAGCACAACAAUCCCCAGCAACUGCAGCUCUUCAAGCCAUGCCAAUGGUUUCUCAGUCUCAAUCUCCAGGUGCCAUGUCCCCACAAGUUCCUGUUCAGGCGCAGGUCCAACCUUCCAAACCACCACUACAACCUCAAAGCCCAGCUCAGACACCAGCACAAAAUCAAACUCAAAAUCAAAAUCAAAUGCAAACAUCCCAAAGCCAAGGAAAGCCUCCGGCCUCCCCUGCACAGGCAAUCAGUCAGGCAAAUGAUAGUGUUAUGUCACACUCGCCUUGUUCUUCUGGGAAGGGAAAUGGUCCUUCAAGCCCUUGUAAAACACCAUCAAACAUGGGAAAGACUGAAUCUGCUGAUAAGAUGAUGCCGACUUCACCUAGUAUGACCCAGUCACAAAAACCGAUGUCAGAGAUGAGUAAAUCACCACAGCCUACAACUUCAUCUGCAUCAUCUACUCCUCAGCCAGAGGAUGUGAAGCCUCAGGUCUCUUCAUUAGCACAAACCACUCAACCAACUGUCACACAGACACAGACACAAUCAACACCAACAACAACAAGUCAGGCCUUAGCUCUACCUGGACCAUCAGUCAGGUGUCCAUUCAAGAAAGUAUUCUUACCAGAAGAGCUUCGACAUAUGCUUGUUCCAAUACUAGAAAAGCUAUACAAGCAAGAACCAGAAGCUCUGCCUUUCAGGACCCCUGUAGAUCCCAAACUUCUUGGUUGUCUGGAUUAUUUUGAUAUUGUCAAGCAUCCAAUGGAUCUUUCUACUAUAAAAAGAAAACUAGACACAGGACAAUACAAGGAUCCAUGGGAGUACUGUGAUGAUGUGUGGUUGAUGUUUGAGAAUGCCUGGAUGUAUAAUCGCAAGACUUCUAGAGUUUAUAAAUACUGUACAAAGUUGUCUGAAGUGUUCGAACAAGAAAUUGACCCUGUGAUGAAAUCCAUGGGAUAUUGUUGUGGUAGAAAGUAUGUCUUCCAACCUCAAGUUUUGUGCUGCUUUGGAAAGCAGUUGUGCACAAUAUCAAGAGAUACAAUAUAUUUUACUUACCAAAAUCGGUUUCACUACUGUGAGCGGUGCUUUAGUGAAAUUGAAGGGGACACUGUCAACCUUGGUGAAGACCCUACGCUACAGCAAAGUACCAUUCCAAAGUCUCAGUUUCAAAAGCUGAAGAAUGAUCAUUUGGAUAUGGAACCGUUUAUUGAAUGUAUUGACUGCGGUCGCAAAGUGCACCAGUUGUGUGUACUACACAAUGACUAUAUCUGGUCUACAGGGUAUCAGUGUGAUUCUUGUCUUGAGAGAAGAGGUAUAAAGAGAAAAGAUAACAAGUAUACGGCAAAGAGGCUACCACAAACAAAACUUGGAGAUUUGAUUGAAAGAAGAGUUACAGGUUUCCUACGAAAACAGAACUGCAAUGCUGAAGUUACGAUACGUGUUGUUUCAAGUGUUGACAAGGUUGGAGAACUAAAGCCUGGAAUAAAGACAAGGUAUGAUGGACAGCUGCCAGAUAGUUUUCCAUACAAAGCAAAAGCCCUGUUUGCUUUUGAGGAAAUAGAUGGCGUGGAUGUUUGUUUCUUUGGCAUGCAUGUCCAGGAGUAUGGAUCUGAUUGUCAGCAGCCCAAUACGAGGCGUGUGUAUGUUUCAUACUUGGACAGUGUCCACUUUUUCCAACCAAAGAGUCUCAGAACCGCUGUUUACCAUGAAGUACUGAUUGGUUAUCUGGAGUAUGUUGGCCAGACGGGUUAUCAAAUGGCUCACAUCUGGGCCUGUCCUCCCAGCGAAGGAGAUGACUACAUAUUCCAUUGCCAUCCUACUGAGCAGAAGAUUCCUAAGCAUAAACGACUUGUUGAAUGGUAUAAGAAGAUGUUGGACAAAGCUAUCAUGGAUCGAGUGGUCAUUGAAUACAAGGACAUCCUAAAGCAAGCAAGUGAUGAUGGUCUUACAUGUGCAAGUGAGCUUCCCUACUUUGAUGGAGACUUCUGGCCUAAUGCUCUAGAAGAUAGCAUCAGAGAGCUUGACCAGGAGGAAGAAGAAAGGAAGGCCAAUGCCGCUGCUGCUGAGGCAUCUGGGAAAGAGACGCAAGGCAGCAAAAACAAAGGUAACAGCAAGCGAAGCAACAAUAAGAAAGGUUCAAAGAACAAAGCCAGUAACCGAAAGACCAGCAAGAAGAUUAAUGGGCCAUCAUCAGACCUGUGCGACCUUUCACAAAGACUUUAUAUUACCAUGGAAAAACAUAGAGAGGUUUUCUUUGUGAUCAGAUUGAAUGGCCGCAAGACCCCAGAAACUGCUGAUCCAGAUCCAUUGAUGACUUGUGACUUGAUGGAUGGCCGUGAUGCUUUCCUUACUCUAGCAAGAGAAAAGCACUAUGAAUUCUCAUCUCUGCGGCGGGCAAAGUUUUCUACAAUGGCCAUGUUGGUAGAGCUUCAUAAUCAAGGACAGGACCGAUUUGUUUAUACUUGUAACCUUUGUAAACGACACAUUGAGACAAGAUACCAUUGCRUUGAAUGCGAGGACUACGAUCUGUGCGUUCCUUGCUAUGAUGAGAAGGGCCAUGAACACAAAAUGGAGCGGCUUGGUUUUGAUCUUGAUGUUGACCAGCAAAAUCAACCAGACAAGGAUGGAAAACCCAAAGGUCAACAACUCAGUGCUCAAGAAGAGAGGAGAAUUAAGAUUCAGAGGUGUAUCCAGAGUCUUGUUCAUGCAACACAUUGUCGUGAAACUAAUUGUACUGUGAUGAGCUGUGCCAAGAUGAAGAAGGUUGUUGAACACACCAAGUCCUGCAAAAGAAAGACUAGUGGAGGAUGUCGUAUUUGUCAAGAACUUAUUCACCUUUGCUGCUAUCACGCCAAGCACUGCGUGGAGCGUGAAUGUGUCGUGCCAUUCUGUAGACAUAUUAAAACCAAAUUACGCCAACAACAGAUGCAACAGCGAUUUAACCAAGCACAGACUCUUCGAAGACGUGUUGCACAGAUGCAGAGGAAUACCAUGCAACCACCUGGUCAGAUGCCUGGUCAACAGGUACCCAACGUUCCACCUGCAUUACCACAGCCUCCACAUUCAGGUGUGCAUCAGCAGAAACACCUUCCACCACAACAGCCUCCACCUUACCCGCAGCCACAAGUUGCUGCUCAGAAGCCCGUGGCAAGUGGUCCUCCCCCAGGAGCUGUUGCUGCUGUACAGCAAAUCAAAAUAGAUGCCAUCAAACAAGCAACACAAGGUAGACAGCCUAUGACACCACAACCACAGAUGCCUAUGGGACAGCAGACAUAUUCUCCACACCCGCAGCAACAACAGCAACAACAACAACAGCCUCUUCCACCUCCUCCUGUCACCAUGGGUUCCCCUACCACGUCGAUGCCUGGGAUGAUAAUGCAACAACCUCCUGCAUUCAUGCAACAACAAAACAUGCAGGCAGCUCAAGGAGUUCCCCCAGGUCAGAUGCAGAGGCCAGGAAUGAGGCCAACCCUAGAACGUUGGCAGUCCAUGUAUCAAAAUCAACAACCACAACGUCAGCCAAGUCCAGGAACUCCCAACCAAAACAUGCCUGGUGGGCAACCAUUCCCUCCCAUGAACCCCCAAACAAUGGGUAAUCAGCAAAAUCAUAUGCGACAACCAAGCAUUCCACCUGCUCUACAGCAACUACUUCAUACUUUAAAAUCGCCCAGUAAUCAACAACAACAAGCUCAAGUAAUGCAAAUUCUCAAGCAGAAUCCUCAGUUAAUACAGGCAUUUGUGAAACAGCGUCAACAGCAAGUUAUACAGCAACAGCAACAGCAGGCACAAGGUAUGCAGCAAGGUAUGCAGGGACAAGCAAUGCCACAAGGUAUGCAACAUCAAAUGCAUCAAGGAAUGCAACAAGGAAUGCAGGGUAUGCAACAGGGAAUGUCACAAGGGAUACCUCAAGCUAUGCAACCUGGCAUGCAACAGGGUAUGCAGCAAGGUAUGCAACCUGGUAUGCAGCAGGGUAUGCAACCUGGUAUUCAGCAGGGUAUGCAACCUGGUAUGCAGCAGGGUAUGCAAUCUGGUAUGCAGAAGGGUAUGCAACCUGGUAUGCAGCAGGGAAUGCAAUCUGGUAUGCAACCUGGUAUGCAGAUGGGUAUGCAACAAGGAAUACCUCAAAAUAUGCCUCAGGGUAUGCAACAAGGAAUGCAGCAGGGGAUGCAACAAGGGAUGCAAACUCCAAUGCAACAAAUGCCUAACACAAGUCAGACAGGCAUGAUUAGUCAACAACAACAACAACAGUUAAAUUGGUUAAGAUUUCAACAAAUGCAGUUACAACAGCAGCAGCAACAGCAGCAGCAGCAGCAGCAACAGAAUGUCUUCCAACAGCCACAAAUGGCCCCAUUUUCGCAACUAAGUGCAGCAAGAAGAGCACAGCUACAGAAUAUGACAAACUCCCAAGCAAAUAUGAUGCAUCCAAAUGGACAGGCCCAACCAUCUUCAUCUCAACAUUAUCAAUCAAAGCAGAAUCAAAUGCCGGUUCAUAUGAUGUCUCCACAGCCACCACCAAUGUCUCCCCAACAGGGAGUACUACCUUCUCAAUCUCCUCGUCCUGUAAUGUCUCCACAGCCCUAUCAAAAUAUUGUCUCCCCAAGACAACAAACAGUGUCUCCUCAUCCACAGCAGUCCCUCACGUCCCCUCAUCCAGCAGCAUCACCUCAUCAGCAUCUCGACCAAUCACAGCACACAGAGAAGUCGCUCUUCGUUCAACCACUGAAUACACGCAUGAAUCUCCCUCCUCUCCAAACACCCACUGAACAAGAACUUUCAUUAGGCCAGGAGGAUCCUGAGACUGUUCCUCCACUUACUCCGCAAGAUCAACUAACUAAAUUUGUUGAGAAUUUAUAGUGUACAUUUUAAAAUGAAAGUCAACAGAGACCGUAGAGUAAGAGAGAAUUUGUACUUUAUACUUUGUAUGUAGUUUUAUGUCGGCGGUGAAGAAGGUAUCAAGGACAAAGAAAAUUUUCUACCAUUUAUAACAUGAUAUAUAAUUAAUUUGUAUAGCAGCUCAGACUGAGGUCUGUGCAACAGACUGCGCUGCAAGGACUGAGCGGUGCAAUUUUAGUUUUAGAAGAAUAAUUUACAGCAUCCUUGGUCGCUAAGACCCUGUACAAAGCGCACGUUCUUACUGAUAUAUAUUAUUGCCUAAUUGACGUGCAUGCGUUCUAAUAAAACGUAUUGGCACUUUUCAGGACGCUUGAUAAAGUAUGUGUUCACCUGUACAUGGUACGCUAUAUAUAGUAUUCAUACACUUAUUUGUGGUCAGUCCUUUUUGCUCGAUAAAAUAACAGUACAAUUGGAGGACUAAACUACCACGUCAAGAUCGUGCUUACGCUCAGACAUUUCACUGGCGUUAUAUUUUUGUUAAUAAUCAAGAAAGGAAGAAGUCAAAAUGAAAUGGAUGUACCAUUAUGACUUGAGUCACAUGUUUGGUUUUAACCAGUAGAAACGAUAAAGUAUUUGAAAUCAUGGAAUUUUUUAUCAUCAAAAUUUGAAACCGUCAUACAUGUGAUUAGAGACAUUAAACAGUUCUAUACGUGA